AGAGAGAGAGAGGAAAAAACGUAGUGAAGAAAAUUAAAACGUCUGUCUGUUGCGGUUUGCAUCCCAAGUUUCUUUGAACCCGUGUCACUAGAUUGUCUUGUUGUGGUGCGCAGUGAAAAAGCUGGCUUCUGGAGAAGAAACCCAUCUCAUGUGUCAGCCAGUAAGAUUUGCGGGCACCUUGGAAACUGAUUGUUGAAUGAGUGGUUAAGAAAAAUUUGGGAUUUUGUGAAGCAGGGUUUUAGCAGAAGCUUGUGGAUUUGUAAUUGUCUGCAACUGUCAUUUCUUUUUUUGUGAAAGGAAAAGAAAAAGGAAAUAUCCAGAAGAUUUUAUCAAUUUAUCUGAGUUUUAUUUUAUCUCAAGCUCCUGGACUGGUAUAUUGGAACUCUGAAGUCAAAUUCAUUUGUUUAUUCAAUCCAUUGAGGAGUUCUGUAUGUGGUUUGGGAAGCUGGAUGCCGCUACUUUCAACAAUGGGGUCUCGUAGUCCUUGGAAAGCCUAUAUCUUAUGAGCUUGGCCCCUGCAGCCGAUUCUGCUGAGACUGCUAUGGCAAAAGUAUCUCUGUGUUUUAUGCCUUUGGUUCUUGCUAUCAUUCUCUUGUCAGCUACUCAUUCCGAACAACAUCAAUCCUCCCAAGCUCAGACCCUUUUGAGAAUUGUACGAUUUUUAAACUUUCCAACUGUUUUGAACAGCUGGAAUAACUACAAAGAUUUGUGCAACUUUGAAGCAAAUUCUUCUUUGGCUGUCGUAUGCUAUGAAGAAAACAUAACCCAGCUGCAUAUAAUCGGUGAAAAGGAUGCUCCUUUGUUGCCUCGGAACUUUUCAAUUGAUUCCUUCAUAACAACUCUUGUUAAACUUCCGAGCUUGAAAGUCCUCACAUUGGUUUCUAUUGGCUUAUGGGGCCCCUUGCCUGGUAAAAUCGCACGCUUGUCAUCACUGGAAAUACUUAAUCUGACUUCAAAUUUCCUGUAUGGCGCCAUCCCUCUGGAGCUUUCAUCUCUAACAACCCUCCAGACGCUUAUUCUUGAUGAUAACAUGUUUUCUGGACCGCUUCCGGAUUUGCUGAGUUCACUUCCAGUUUUGGCUGUUUUGAGUUUGAAGAAGAAUUUGUUCAAUUCAUCUUUGCCGAUUUCCUUGAGUGAUUUGGAAAAUCUUAGAGUGCUCGGGCUUUCACAUAACCACUUCUAUGGGGAAGUGCCUGAUUUUAGCCGUUUAACAAACCUUCAAGUUCUUGAAUUGGAAAAUAAUGCUUUUGGACCUCAGUUUCCCAAACUUGGAAAAAAGUUGGUCACCCUUGUACUGAGCAAGAACAAAUUUAGGUCUGCCAUCCCUGCUGAAAUCAGCUCCUAUUAUCAGCUAGAACGGCUAGACGUUUCUUCCAAUAUGUUUGUGGGGCCAUUUCCAGCAUCAUUGUUAUCUCUACCUUCAAUGACUUAUCUUAAUUUUUCAGGAAACAAAUUCACGGGAAUGCUUUUUGAAAAUAUGUCGUGCGAUGCUGAACUUAAAGCUGUGGACUUGUCCUCAAAUCUUUUGACCGGAAGCUUACCUAAAUGUCUUCUGUCAGAUUCUAAGGACAGGGUUGUUCUGUAUGCUAGGAAUUGUUUAGAUACUAGAAAUCAAAAUCAACAUCCAUUUCCAUUUUGCCGUAAUGAAGCAUUGGCUGUUGGAAUAAUACCUGAGAGAAGCAAGCAAAAACAAGCUUCGAAAGCAGCGCUUGCCUUAGGUUUAAUUGGAGCGAUUUGUGGAGGGGUUGUGCUUGUUGGCCUAAUUUACUUCAUACAUAGAAGAAUGAAUACCAACAAGACAAUGAAGAAAUCUCCACCAAGAUCAAUAACAGAGAACGCAUCAAGUGGAUAUACCUCAAAGUUACUAUCAGAUGCGAGAUAUGUAUCUCAAACAAUGAAGAUGGGAGCGCUUGGCCUUCCAGGUUAUCGAACCUUUUCAUUCGAGGAACUUGAGGAGGCUACACAAAAUUUUGAUACAUGUACUUUCAUGGGUGAAGGCUCACACGGACAGAUGUACAGAGGCCAGUUAAAGGAUGGUUCUUUUGUUGCCAUCAGAUGCUUAAAAAUAAAAGGAAGUCACAGCACGCAAAAUUUCAUGCACCAUAUAGAGCUAAUUAUGAAACUGAGACAUCGCCACUUGGUCAGUGCUCUUGGACACUGCUUUGAGUGUUACUUGGAUGAUUCUAGUGUCAGCAGAAUAUUUCUUGUUUUCGAAUAUGUACCGAAUGGCACACUAAGAAGCUGGAUCUCUGAGGGACAUCGCAGACGAUCACUUACGUGGACACAACGUAUAGCAGCUGCAAUAGGCAUAGGAAAGGGCAUUCAGUUUUUGCACACAGGGAUCAUUCCUGGUAUAUAUUCAAAUAAUCUUAAAAUAACAGACAUUUUACUGGAUCAGAAUCUUGUUGCAAAAAUUAGCAGUUACAACCUUCCUAUAUUAGAAGAAAGUAUGGAACAGGGCGGUCAAGGAGUUUCUUCAGGUGGAUCCUUAACUUCCAGUGGCGGUUCAAGGAUGAAGCACGACGACAGGACCGAUGUUCACAACUUUGGAGUAAUAUUGCUGGAAAUGAUCAAAGGCAGACCAGUGAAGUCUGAGACUCAAGUGGAAGUUUUAGAAGAUCAGCUAGAAGUGGCCCUUACAGCUGAUGAAGCAGCUCGAAGAAGCAUGGUUGAUCCACUAGUUAGGCAGACAUGCUUGGAUCAGUCCUUGAAGACGCUGAUGGAAAUUUGUGUGAGAUGUCUGUGUAAGGAUCCAGCAGAUAGACCUUCUAUUGACGAUGUUCUGUGGAACUUGCAGUAUGCUGAACAAGUUCAGGAUGCAUGGCAGGGAGGAGAAUCCCAGAGCAGUGAGGGCUCUCCAGUUUCACCUUCAAUUCCUUCACGCCUCACCUAUUAGCGGUGAGUUGCAGGUUCCUUAGCCAUAUAUAUAUUUCCGUCUGCAGAUAGACAUUAGUUACGGAUUUGUGCAGAGGGAAUGGCACUAGUAAAAUAAAAGAAGAUUCUGUCAACAGGAGUCUUUUUGUUAUGCUAGCUGCUUCAUCUCCAUCCUGCCUAAUGCCCCAAUCAUGUUGCCUAAAAGCUUUCCAUUUCCUUUGUGAUCCUUGAGAAUCCACGCCAUAGCUAGCUACACAAAGACAAUUGAUGGUUGUAGAGCACAUCCUUCACAUUGCUCAUAUUAAGGGAGUGUAAACGAUGACUUUAUAGGUUACUGAACCCAUCAAUUGAGAUUUAUUGGUUUCCAAAUCCAACAGAAAAGGAGUGUAAAGAAUCACUUUAAUUUUGACCGUCUAUAUAUACAUCUUGUCACAUU